AUGCCGCGAUAUAUCCCACUCUCAACCCUGCCUUCCCCACUCGUACCUCACUUACGGCCCUUAUCUGCAUUCCCAAUAACGAAGCCCUUGUCACAACUACCUUCACCAUCCGAUCACCUCCUUGUACAUCCCAAUAAACCAUCGAAUUUGAGGGUACAAGAAUGGGUAGAUGGGAGAGGCAGAUGGAAUGGAGUUUCACAAAGAGAUAGAAUAGGUGGGAAGAAGAGUGUUAAUUUUGGUGUGGAAAGAGAUGGAAGAAGGUUUGGUGGAUUGAAGUGGGCUUUAAGGGAGAGAUAA